CUCUGGCAUCUCUGGCUCGGUCUAACUGCCACCAGAAUUAUCGUCCGCGGUCCUGCAGGGACGGAUGGGUCCGGCUGUCCGACAGCCAGUGUGUGAAGUACUUCGCUCUGAGUAAAACCUUCACGCAGGCGGAGAGUUUCUGCGCGGGUCAGGGAGGUCAUCUGGCAUCCGUUCACAACAGCGCGGAGAACCAUCACGUGUUCUGUCUGAGCUUGAGGAGCUCCAAAAAAUCCCCGACAACCAACGACCAUUUCUGGAUCGGAGGGAGUGGCAAAACCUCGACGUCCGGCUAUAGAUGGACCGACGGCUCCACGUUCGGCUUCGCCAAAUGGUUCUACGGGAGUCCGCAACAUCGCAGCGGUCACAACUGUGUGGUGGUGAACCACGGGAGUGAGUAAAGACCACACACACAC